UUUGCCAUUUAGAUUAUCUGAUGAAUUACAAAGCAUGGAGAACUCAUUCAAGCUCCAUGUGUCUUAUAUAGAUAAUGAAAAUAUCCACAGAUCUGAGCAGAUAGUUUGGGAUGUGCAAUCACCUAUUUAUAAACAAUUUAAAGAAAAAAUCAAUUCAACAUUUGGUUUAUCUUCGGACGAUUACGAGUUGUAUUUUGGAUUGAAACGGUUAGACUGUAAUCCUGACCAAGAGAUAAAGGAGUGGGGAUUGCAGUCAGGUAAUAGACUCCAUGCUAUUAGAAAGAAAUUACCAUCAACAAAACCGGAUGUUCCGAAGAUAGAUUACGCUAAAGUGCAAAAUGCUUCUUAUGGUUUGGCUACCAUGAUUCAACAUGAGAAUCGAUCGCAUAAAAAAUCAGCACUUACCAAACUUUUGAAAGAUAAAAAAACUAUUGACAAAAUUAUUUUCAAACAUAUCAGGGCUCAGAGAGGACCGUGCAGCAAUGGAUAUUCUGCAGAAUGCAAAGUGUUUAAAGUUAUAGUUAAUCCAAAAUAUUUGAAAAAUAUUGUUGAAAAGCACCCUUGUUUGGCCAUAGCUUUUGAGGCAAUGUGGAAUACAUUGAUGACCUCCAGUAAAUACUCCAAUACAGCAGCUUCCACAAGCAGUACGGUUUCUAUGGACGUGGAUGCGGGUCAGUCAAAUGAAAGUCAUCCUUCAUCUUCAAACCAAGCUUCUAAUAUGAUAACUUUAUCUCAAUUAUCUGCCGCUAUUGCGCAAGCGACACCACCGAGUGAGGGCUACAAUUUUCCAUAUUCAGCUUUCAAUACACCAAACUCAAACACAACCAGUAAUACAUCAACUACACCUCAAGAAAGAAAUGAAACCAGACCUCAGCAGCUCACACCAGAAGCUUUAAACCAAGCGAUGCAAGAAGCAUUAAUGUCAACUGGUCUUCGAGAAGUCUCUCAAUCUCUACAAAGUGAAAGUUCUGCUCCAAGAAGCAAUGAUUCUGUGUUAAGUGAGGAUGUAAUGCGAGCAGGACUUGAACAGCUUCAUUCAAUGGGUAUAACUGAUGAUGAAGCCAGUAGGCAUGCAUUAACUGCAACACAAGGAAAUGUUGAAGCGGCAAUCAAUAUAUUAUUUAGUGGAAAUUGAGAUAUCGAUUCUUGAAUGAUGAUAAUUUAGCUUUUUCACAAUGUACCCUUGACUUAGCUGUUAAGGAAUCUAUUUUCCGCCAACUUAUUUCUGUCUUUGCCACUUAUAAAAAUAAAAGUUUAUUGCUCUGGUAAAUUUGCAGAUUUAAUACUAUUUUCAAUUUUAUAGAUUAAGUGAGGGCCAUCAUUCCCAUACAAGCAUGAUUGAUUGGUUUUAUAUUAUAGCGCUUAUUAACUGAACCCGCAGUCUCCUAUUCCAACAGAGCAGUGCUGAAAAAUAAAUUAAGAAGAAAUA